CUAUUAAACAGGUGAGUUGGCAGUGUAUAAAUCUGUGAACCUGGUUUGGACACACAGGGACUUCAGCCUCAAAUUCUGUAUCCAAGACCAGACUCCUGAAAUCACUGAAUUUUUAGUGAACAGCAGUAAGGAAAAUGGGGCUCGGGACAGGGAAGGAUGAGUACAAAUUGGCAGCAACAUCAGAAGAUGGAGUCAAAAAGCCCAAAAAGGGGAAAAAGAACAAAAAGGACAUGGAGGAACUGAAGAAAGAAGUGGAACUGGAAGACCACAAGUUGACCUUGGAAGAGCUUAGCCGAAAAUAUGGCACUGAUCUGACCAAGGGUUUGACCAUUUCCCGAGCAAAGGAAAUCUUAGCCCGCGAUGGACCAAAUGCCUUGACUCCACCUGUUACGACUCCAGAAUGGGUCAAGUUCUGCAGACAGCUGUUUGGUGGAUUCCAGACACUGCUGUGGAUUGGUGCAUUUCUUUGCUUCUUUGCAUAUUCCAUCCAGGCUGCCUCAGAAGAAGAACCAGCAAAUGACAAUCUAUAUCUGGGACUUGUGCUUGCUUUUGUUGUCACAAUCAAUGGAUGCUUCUCAUACUAUCAAGAAGCCAAGAGCUCUAAAAUCAUGGAUUCGUUCAAGAACCUCGUUCCUCAGAAAGCCCUGGUUGUACGUGAUGGAGAGAAAAAGGUCAUCGACGCUGAGGAGGUAGUUGUAGGUGAUCUUGUGGAGGUCAAAAGUGGAGACAGAAUCCCAUCUGAUAUUCGUGUCAUCUCUGCACAUGGAUGCAAAGUGGACAACUCUUCCCUCACUGGUGAAUCUGAGCCCCAGACUCGUAAUCCUGACUUCUCUAGUGAAAACCCUUUGGAGACAAGAAACAUUGCAUUUUUUUCUACCAAUUGUGUUGACGGUACUGCCAGAGGGAUUGUCAUCAACACCGGAGACCGUACUGUCAUGGGUCGUAUUGCUACUCUUGCCUCCAACCUGGAAGGUGGAAAAACACCAAUUGCUAAAGAGAUCGAGCACUUCAUCCACAUCAUCACUGGUGUAGCCGUCUUCCUGGGUGUCACCUUCUUCAUUCUCUCCCUGAUUCUUGGUUACUCUUGGUUGGAAUCUGUCAUCUUCUUGAUUGGAAUCAUUGUUGCUAAUGUACCUGAAGGUCUCCUUGCCACUGUAACUGUAUGUCUGACUCUGACCGCCAAACGCAUGGCGAAGAAAAACUGCCUGGUGAAGAAUCUUGAAGCCGUGGAGACCCUUGGCUCAACCUCCACUAUCUGCUCUGACAAGACUGGAACUUUGACCCAAAACCGAAUGACCGUUGCUCACAUGUGGUUCGACAGCCAGAUUCAUAUCGCAGACACCACAGAGAACCAGAGUGGAACCUCAUUUGACAGGAGCUCGGCUACUUGGUCUGCUCUUGCACGUGUUGCUGGCCUUUGCAAUCGUGCUGUCUUCCUAUCAAAUCAGAACCAUCUCCCAGUCCUUAUGCGAGAGACAGCUGGUGAUGCCUCAGAGUCUGCCCUGUUGAAGUGUAUUGAGCUGUGCUGUGGUUCAGUCACUGAAAUCAGAGAGAAGUACCCAAAGAUUGCUGAGAUUCCUUUCAACUCCACCAACAAGUAUCAGCUCUCAAUCCACAAGAAUCUCAAUCCCUCAGAGUCUAAGCACCUGCUGGUGAUGAAAGGAGCCCCUGAGAGAAUCUUGGAUCGAUGCUCUACUAUUUUGAUUCAAGGAAAAGAGCAGCCUUUGGAUGAUGAAAUAAAAGAUGCUUUUCAAAAUGCUUAUGUAGAACUUGGGGGUCUUGGAGAAAGAGUGUUGGGCUUCUGCCACUUUUCCCUCCCUGAUGACCAGUUUCCUGAGGGUUUUGCAUUUGAUACUGAUGACGUGAACUUCCCAACUGAGAACUUGUGUUUUAUUGGCCUCAUGUCCAUGAUCGAUCCUCCUCGUGCAGCUGUACCGGAUGCUGUGGCCAAAUGCAGGAGUGCUGGAAUCAAGGUUAUUAUGGUUACUGGAGACCAUCCAAUCACAGCAAAGGCUAUUGCAAAAGGUGUUGGUAUCAUCUCUGAAGGCAGUGAGACUGUAGAUGAUAUUGCAGCUCGUCUGAGAAUUCCUGUUGGAGAGGUUAAUCCAAGAGAUGCUAAGGCCUGUGUGGUCCAUGGUGGAGAACUGAAGAGUAUGACCUCAGAACAGCUGGAUGAGAUCCUCAAAUACCAUGCAGAAAUUGUGUUCGCCAGAACUUCUCCACAGCAAAAGCUGAUUAUCGUGGAAGGGUGUCAACGACAGGGUGCCAUUGUAGCUGUAACCGGUGAUGGUGUCAAUGAUUCUCCUGCUCUGAAGAAGGCUGACAUUGGUGUGGCUAUGGGUAUUGCUGGAUCUGACGUAUCCAAACAGGCUGCUGACAUGAUCCUUCUAGACGACAACUUUGCCUCAAUUGUCACCGGAGUAGAAGAAGGACGUCUGAUCUUUGACAACUUGAAGAAGUCUAUCGCCUACACGUUGACCAGUAACAUCCCUGAGAUCUCACCCUUCCUUAUGUUCAUCAUUGCUAAUAUUCCUUUACCUUUGGGCACCGUCACCAUUCUCUGCAUUGACCUGGGAACUGAUAUGGUUCCUGCUAUCUCACUGGCCUAUGAAACUGCUGAAAGUGACAUCAUGAAGAGACAACCCAGAAAUGCUGAAACAGAUAGGCUGGUGAAUGAGAGGCUCAUCAGUAUGAGCUAUGGUCAAAUUGGCAUGAUGCAAGCUGUCGGCGGGUUCUUUACCUACUUUGUAAUUCUUGCUGAGAAUGGAUUCUUGCCCUGGGAUCUGGUAGGAAUUCGAAUUGGUUGGGAAGACAAAUAUCUCAAUGACCUGGAAGACAGCUAUGGCCAGCAGUGGACCUAUGAGAGCAGAAAGAUUGUGGAGUUCACAUGCCACACAGCCUUCUUCAGCAGUAUUGUAGUUGUGCAAUGGACUGACUUGCUCAUCUGCAAGACCAGGAGGCUUUCCAUCUUUCAGCAGGGAAUGAAGAAUAGAAUCCUCAUCUUUGGUCUGUUUGAGGAAACUGCUCUGGCCGCGUUCUUAUCCUACUGCCCAGGCAUUGAUGUUGCUGUCCGAAUGUAUCCACUGAAACCAAUGUGGUGGUUCUGUGGCUUCCCAUAUUCAUUGCUCAUUUUCAUCUAUGAUGAAAUUAGAAAAUAUCUCCUUAGGCAGAACCCAGGAGGCUGGGUGGAAAAAGAAACAUACUACUAAAACAAGGACACUUUCUUUUGGGAACCUGUACAAGAAGACAUUAAUUUGUAUAUUUUCAAAAUGAGUUUUAAGUAAAUAAAUGUGUCAGAUUAAAACUAAAACUGAA